UUUCCAGUCGGCGCUUGUCCGGUCGCGGGCUCCAGCUUUCCUUUGGGGUUGGGGGGGACUGAGCGGGGAGCAAGGGGCGGGGCUCGGCCUCUGGGAACUGUUUCUCCCAGUCUCUCUGCGGUGUUUGUCGGCUGGGAAGGCAUUGGACGGCGGGGGCUCCUCGGCGCCGCUCCCAGAAGGGGGUCUGGUGGAACCAUGGCGAUGACUGGCCCAGCACCUUGUUCAUCUAUGAGCAACCACACCAAGGAGCGAGUUACAAUGACAAAGGUGACAUUAGAAAACUUCUACAGUAAUCUGAUUGCGCAGCAUGAGGAACGAGAAAUGAGACAGAAGAAGCUAGAAAAGGUUAUGGAAGAAGAAGGCUUAAAAGAUGAAGAGAAAAGAAUGAGAAGAUCAGCACACGCCCGAAAGGAAACAGAGUUUCUGCGUCUAAAAAGAACAAGACUUGGGUUGGAAGACUUUGAAUCUUUAAAAGUAAUAGGCCGAGGAGCAUUUGGAGAGGUGCGGCUUGUUCAGAAGAAAGAUACAGGGCAUGUGUACGCAAUGAAAAUACUACGGAAAGCAGAUAUGCUUGAAAAAGAGCAGGUUGGCCACAUUCGAGCAGAACGUGACAUUCUAGUGGAGGCAGACAGUUUGUGGGUUGUCAAAAUGUUCUAUAGUUUCCAGGAUAAGCUGAACCUCUACUUAAUUAUGGAGUUUCUGCCUGGAGGUGAUAUGAUGACAUUAUUGAUGAAAAAAGAUACCCUAACAGAAGAAGAAACUCAGUUUUAUAUAGCAGAGACUGUGCUGGCUAUAGAUUCAAUUCACCAGCUGGGUUUCAUUCAUCGUGAUAUCAAGCCAGAUAAUCUCCUGUUAGACAGUAAGGGCCAUGUGAAACUAUCCGACUUUGGUCUCUGCACUGGACUUAAGAAAGCACACAGAACAGAGUUCUAUAGAAAUUUGAGCCACAACCUUCCUAGUGACUUCACUUUUCAGAACAUGAACUCCAAAAGGAAAGCAGAAACUUGGAAAAGAAACAGGCGGCAGCUGGCCUUCUCUACAGUGGGAACUCCAGAUUAUAUUGCUCCAGAAGUCUUUAUGCAGACAGGCUACAAUAAGCUUUGUGACUGGUGGUCACUUGGGGUCAUCAUGUAUGAGAUGCUAAUCGGUUACCCUCCUUUCUGUUCAGAGACUCCUCAAGAAACUUACAAGAAGGUGAUGAAUUGGAAAGAGACCCUAAUAUUCCCUCCAGAAGUUCCAAUCUCUGAGAGAGCCAAGGAUCUUAUUCUAAGAUUUUGCUGUGAAUGGGAACACCGAAUUGGUGCACCAGGUGUUGAAGAAAUCAAAACAAACCCCUUUUUCGAAGCCGUUGACUGGGAGCAUAUCAGGGAGAGACCAGCGGCAAUAUCCAUAGAAAUCAAAAGUAUUGACGAUACUUCAAACUUUGAUGAAUUUCCAGAAUCUGAUAUCCUUAAACCAGCAGUGACCACAAGCAACCAUCCAGAGACAGACUACAAGAACAAAGACUGGGUCUUUAUAAAUUAUACCUACAAGCGAUUUGAAGGCCUGACAGCUCGAGGGGCAAUACCUUCAUACAUGAAAGCAGGAAAGUAGUGACUCACAACAAAACUAUUCCUGAACCUUCAUUCUUUCCUGUCAGCACAAGUUUUUUUUCUCCUAUGCUUCAUAAACUUUAUCUGAGGCCUGUGAACUCUAGAGAAGAGUGCAAAAUAACAUCAUUAUGCACAGUGUUUACAUUUAUGCAUUGAAAACUUCCACAAAUGGCACUUGUGAGCCUGCCUUUGCAGAUUUUAUUGCAGAAAUAGGUUAUUCUGGCUUUAGUUAAAAUUCCUAAGACUGUUACUUCAAGGAGGAGAGUGCAAGCUUUUAUUUACAUUGCAGAGUAUAACAUAAUUGUGGUUGGGGUUUUUUGUAUCUUCUGUUUUACAAGCGCUGUGCAAAGGUACAGCACAAUUCUAAGGGCUAAGGUAUUGUACAGGAAACAGAGCAAUAACUAGUAUGAAGUAGACCAAAUUCUCAGAAGCUUAUCCUAUAGGAGGGCAAAACCUGUAUUGCCUUAAUUGUCACAAGUGUGUUGUAUACUUAGUUCAAAAGCCUUUUGGAUAGCAAUUUUUUCAACCCAACAAUGGCCUCAAAAGCUGCUGCACUUUACUGUUGGUACUUAAAUAGUAAUCCUAAAGUAUUGAGCUUUUCCCCCCUUCUAAACUUCAGAUUUGGGGAACGUUACGCUUUUUUAUAAGCAUUGUCAAGAGAGGUAAAGAUGAUUCCUUGUGAGAUUUAUGUAACUGCAUUCUACUUAGUAGUAAGAGAGAAAUCACUGUUAAUAGCGUUAUUAGGAUACCAUAGUUAAUACUGUGAAAGGAGCUCUGCCUUUUUCAGAUUCUUUCCCUACUUCUCACCCUUAAGACUUUGGCAUAAUAUACGUUGGAGUUUAUCUUUCUGAAGCUUGGACACAGAGAGCCCUGAAGUGCCUUUUGGGAUAACCUAGGAGUGCUCUACAGGAAGUAAUGGGAUCACAGUGACUGGUUGUUCAAAGCAUCUACAUGGUGCAGUCCACUACUUGGGCUGUUGCCAUUAGGUGGCACUGACCUUCUGAGUGUUCUUCAGAUUCUCAAGGUGGACCCCUGCCCCCCCCCCAGGCCCUGCAUGAUACAUGAGACUCUCAUCAUUUGGUGUAUCUCAUGUAGUUCACCAUAUUGUUCAGAUAACUAUCUUUGAAAUCAUUUGUUGAAGACAAUGGUAAGCUCCAGACUGAGGGUGGGGGCAGAUAACGGUACAGGAGGAGACCUAGUGCAUCUGGAGCCAAAAUGAAGACAGGAAAGCCCAGAGGAGGAGACUUAAACAUGAUGGCUUGGGAUGGUCCUUGUACAUCAGGAUGUGUUACCAGGCGAUUUAGUAAAAACAUUAAGCUUUCCUUUAGUAAGGUGCUCUGAUGCCCCAAGUAGGCUGAAAGAAGUUGAAGUCCUUUGUUCUUGUACAAAGGUAGAGAUCAGGAUUCAGUUGUAAUUUAGGAGGUAGUCGUCAAAGAUUAUUGUUGUCUCUACCUUUAGAAGAUCUGAUGAAGCCUGCAAUAUUUCAAUAACAGAUGUCUUAGUCAUUUUCACUGACUGUGCAUAGUUAUGCAGUGGUUCAAUUGUCCUCUGAUGGUUCAUCUCUCCUUAUCAGAUCGGAGUUUUAGCAAAUUAAUUGGAGGGAUUAAUGUGCUAAAACAUUAAAAACUGUUUUAAUAGUGGUUGUUCUCCAAUCUGCACUCUUACACAUGCCCCUCACCGGUAGGCAGUCUUACAUCCUGGUUUGGAACCCCCCCCCCCAAAAAAAAUCAUACCAUGAGUGUUUCCUAUCUUUCUUAGUACUCCUAUAAAUCCUGGUCCUUAACUAGUUUUCUAGAUGUGGCAAUGCACAGAAGCUUCAGUGAGAAGGUCACUAAGGAAAUAUUUUGCAUUUAGGCUUUAUCCACAAAAUGUAUCUAGAGAGAGGCUAUAGCAGGCAUCCCCAAACUGCGGCCCUCCAGACGUUUUGGUCUAUAACUCCCAUGAUCCCUAGCUAAGAGAACCAGUGGUCAGGGAUUAUGGGAAUUGUAGUCCAAAACAUCUGGAGGGCCGAAGUUUGGGGAUGCCUGGGCUAUAGGGAAGUAACCCUUAUUCCUGCUUUAAUAUAUCCUCUGUGCCUAGUUUGUAAUUAUUACUGUGCUCCAAUGACGUGUCCCACACAUGGUGGGGCUAGAGUUUUGCUUACUUGUUAGAUAAUGAUGGGUUUAAAGUUAAAUUUCUGGUGCUUGCUGAAUGUUGAAAAUAUGUAGCAUACAUAACUGGUGCUUUAAAAGCCUUUUUAAAAAAAAAAAAAGCUGUAGAAGGUCUCAGGAUAACCUGAUUGCCUAGAGAGCUGCCCAGCCAAUAACUUGCACAAAAGGGAAGAAAACAAGAUUCUCACAUGCCUCUUUGAUGUUUCCUUUUGCAUUAUGACCAUUUGGCAAAGCAUCUCUGUGCCACAGUGUGACAGAUGAGUGCAAGCAUUGUGUGUCUGUGAGUAAACUGAAUUGCAGUACGAGGUGUAAUUUUCUGUCUUCUACUGCUGGGAAUUUUUGAAAGAUUUACUUUGUGUAUUGUAGUGAGAAUGAAUAUAGCAUAUUGUUAUAACUGAGGUCGAAUCCUUGUUCCUGUAGUCUCUGCAGCAGCCAAGAGCAUAGUUGCCAGAGGUCACCCAGUGUGCUUAAUUAACACUGCCAGUGCAGUGAAUGAAGGCUCCCCACAAAUAAGGACAUUAUGCAUCAACAAGUUUAUGGAAAUGAGAAUUAAUCAUUUGGGAACUUGGGACAUCAGUCUGUGAACCAUUUUCUUUUGGGGGGGGUAGGUAAAAUCAAUACUGCCCUCUCAUAGCAACAUUAUAACUUGGAUUCCUAUGGGUUUUUUUUAAACAACAACACUAAAACAGGAGUAUUAACUGAAAAGAUCAUAUCUUGGCUGUUGCAAAUAAUGUUGGCUUCCUUUUAACAAUUUUUUUAGAGAGCUUCCACAUGAACUCUGUCACUGCAGUAAAUGUCCUCUUUAAUCAUUUAAGUAUUCUGUUGGCACUAAUUUAGAGAAUUAAGGUUCUCAUUUAACCAAGAUCUGAAACCUGUAUUUAAAUCCUGGUUAAACAGGAAUCCCAAUAAGCCUUAAUGACCAUUGUAAGUGUCAAUGCUUAAUGCCAAUGCUUAACCACAAUUAAUGUGGCAGGGAGUGCACAAUCCACAGGUGGCUGCCAAUCUCUUAUCACCCUGCAGCAGCCCAUAGUAAAUUCUAGAGAAACUGUUGCCUUUCCAGGGUGGCACAUUUCUUCUUCGAAAGCAGUUUUAGAUCUAAAAGCUAAACAAUUACACAGCUUACUCAUAAUGCAAGUUGGUAUCAUUUUUUUUCUGUUUCCUGCUCUACUGAGGUAUUUAGUAACACUGAUGUCUCUGGCACAACAAAAAGCUGCAAAAUACUGCAUUUUUGGCGUGUCUGGGUACAGGAGAGAAUUCCUGGCUGAGACUUAAGAUGACCAAUGCUGCCAGUUGUGUGUGAUUAUUAGCAGAGUAUUGCACUUAGGUACCGCUUAACCAAUGUGCCUGGGUUCCGCCUUAUGGCAGAUGAAAAUUGAUUUUGUAUCUGCAUACAGCUGUAACUACUUGCAGUGUAAAAUUUCAUAUACUUUGUACAUGAUUCUGGGGUUUUGUGUGAAGACCAAUUUUUAUGGAAGUGUCUUUGCAUUCUGAGCUGUUUAAAAUACUUCCUCAAUAAAUGUAGUUUUGCUAAUGUUUUGUGAGUUAUUUGAAUUGAAAAGCUUAUUGUUCGCAACAGAUGACACUGAGGUAAUCAAAGGGGGUGCCUAUGUAUUUGCUAAGUGUGUUGAUUAGGUGCAAUUAGAGUGAAUAAUGAGCAAUAGACAUGUUCACUUAUUAAUCCAGUCGCUGAAUUCCACACACACACACCCCAACAUCUUGAUUGAAAGUUCAAAAAGUACAUAAUUAUAUGUACACUAAACAUGGUGAGACGUAAGUAAAAGAGAGAAACAGCACCCGUGUAAAAGUGAAAAUAAAGGGAGGAGGGGGAAUCCAAUUCCAGUUGCUGAAUUUAAGUUUUGGAAAUAGCAUAACUUAGGCAAGGGAGGCAGGAUAGAAAGGGAUACAGAGCACUGGACGAUUACUAGGAGGGAAGAAAGUGCCGUAGAAACCCUUUUUGUUACACUUGAGAGCACUUAUGAGCAUCCUCCUCCUCAACCGUGCAUUUUGCAAACUUCUGUUCUAACAUGAAAUAUCUAAAUCACGUGUGUUAAUAGUUAGUGGUGGCACCAGGUGUUUCCUGUUACACGGGAUGUGGCCAUAUACAUUCUUUAUACCAUGUGUACACACAGGUGGGGGCUAGGGCCAGUACAGGUAGGGUGCACAGUUCUUUAGCAUCAAGGAAAUGCAACGAAAAUGAUUUUCCAGACCAUGUUCAAGUUGACUAGAAAAACAACCACCAAAGAGAUGACACAGGAUUAGAAACACAACACAGCAGAUAAAAGGCAACUCUUUGAAAACUAAGACACAGGACGUAAAGGAAAAGUAUUUAAAUUUUUUUAUUUAAAAGUAUGAGAAUGUAAACACUGAAUAUCGAACAAAAUAAAAUAAAAUAAGAGAAACUUGUCUUUGUGCCUUUUUAAUUACAGGUAACGGAAGAGGAAGUAUAUCACCCCAGAAUAGAAAUAUCCCAUUAGUCCAGUAUUCCUAGUUGGACAAUGCUAUAUAAUACUUGAUUUUUUUUUAUUUUGCAUCAGAUAUAAACACGUUGUUUCUUUGGGAAAGCAACCUAUUAUUUGUGAAAAGCGUUUAGUGGCUUACAUUGGCUCUCUGAAUGUU